AUGGGCUUGUCCAGUUCUCGUCAACUAGAGAUUGAGAAUACAAUAAAUGCUUUUGAUGGGCUCGCUCCCUCAUUUCCACCACCAUCUGCUACAUCUUCAUCAUCAUUACAGAGGCUGCCCUACGAUGUUUUUAUUAAUCAUCGCGGACCUGAUGUAAAACACAAGCUUGCCACACAUAUCUACAAUGCCAUUCAUGCUCUGGGUCUCAAGGUCUUUCUUGAUUCCAAUGAUCUUCACUUGGGGGAUAUCUUUACUAUAGAACUACAAGAAGCAAUGUCUAGUGCUUCCCUUCAUAUAGCAAUAUUUUCUCCCACAUAUGCACGAUCGCCUUGGUGUCUUGCCGAGCUCUGCUUUAUGCUUAAGACUGGUACACCAAUUAUUCCUAUUUUCUACCAAGUUCAACCUGAAGAUGUCUGCCAUUUGAAAGGAACGUAUGCAGCUGCCUUUUUGGAGCAUGAAGCGAAGGGUAGAUAUAGAAAAGACCAGCUUUUGGAGUGGAAGAUGGCACUUCACAAUGUCUCAUUUUAUAAGGGCGAAAGCGUCAAUAAUAGUGAAGAGGAACAGAGGGUGCUGAAGAAUGUUGUGAAUCGUGUAGUGGAAAAAAUGAAAAUAGUACCUCUAGAAGUAGCAAAACAUCCUGUGGGUCUCGAAGAAGUUGUAGCAGAUUUUGAAAUGACAGUUAAUGAAUUUGCAAAAAAUCAUCCCGACAAUCAAAUCGUAGGAAUUUGGGGUAUGGGUGUAUCUGGAAAAACCACUCUGGCCAAGGAAUUAUAUAAUAAAAAAUGUUCAUCUAUAGAAAAAUCCAGUUUUCUUUUUGAUAUUAGAAAUGUUGCAAGCAAAAACAAGUUGCAUAAAAUGCAGAGACAACUCCUUCAGGAUUUUGGGUUCUUCAUUGAUCCACCAUUUAACAAUAUAGAGCAAGGCAAGAAGAUUCUAUAUAAUUAUCUGAGAUCUGUUCCUGUAUUUAUCAUUUUGGAUGAUGUAGAUCAUACAAAUCAACUAGAAGCUUUACUGCCAGCAAAGACUAGUCUUGCAUCUGGGAGUUUGAUCAUUGUUACAACACGAGAUAAAGAAGUUCUCAGGCUUUGGGGGAUCUCUUGCAUUUAUGAGAUGAAAUCAAUGAAUCAAUCUCAUGCCAAGCAGCUUUUUUGUUGGCAUGCAUUCUUACAAUCUUUUCCAUUGUUGGGAUUUGAGGAUCUUGUUGAAAAAUUCAUAAGUGCUAGCAAUGGGUUACCUUUAUCAUUAAUGGUACUCGGAGGUCAGCUUUAUGGGUGCUCUAGUAAAGAUUUAUGGAAAGAUGUAUUGCAUAAAAUCUCAAGAAUUUUGCCCGAUGAUAUUAUAAAUAGGUUGAGGGUGAGCUACGAUGCUUUAGAUAAAGAAGAGAAACAAAUGUUCUUAGAUAUAGCUUGUUUUUUUAUUGGCGAAGACAAGAAGACUGCCAUUGCGGUAUGGGAAGGAUCAGGCUGGAGUGGUUUAUGGGGUUGGGAGAGGCUUGUAAAUAAAUGUCUUGUUGACCUUGUUCAUGGGUACAAGAUAAGAAUGCAUGAUCACCUAAGAGAUUUAGGGAGGGAAAUUGCAAGUUCUCUUCCACCUUAUCGCCUAUGGUCUCCAGAUCAGUUUACGAUAAGAGGAAUGAUACUGAAUGAAUCAAGCGAUGAUGUUCACAAGUUUCCUGGUUCAUCGUUGAAUAAAGGACCUUUCCCUUAUGGGUUAAAAGUUUUUGUGGUGGGAGAAAGCUAUCGGAACUAUUUACACAUUGCCAAAUUAUCAACAGAGUUGGUAUGGCUUAGGUGCACUAGAAUUACUCACAGAAAUCUUCCAUCAUGGAUGUCACUAAAAAAUUUAAGAGUUUUAGAGCUUGAUGACUGCCCUAAUGUAAUAGGCUUAUGGAAGGAUGGGGUGGAAGCUCCAGUGCAGUUAAGAAGGUUGAUUAUUUCUUCUUGCCCUACAUUAAAAAUUAUUCCAAGGUCCAUAGGAUAUCUUAUGAAUUUGAAAGAGAUAUCCCUGCUUAGCUGCAAUGUGAGAAGUCUACCAAAGGAAUUUUGUCAUCUUCAAUCACUAGAGCACCUGCGGUUGAAAGAUUGUAAAAGGCUAUCAUCACUGCCUAGUUGUUUUGGCCAUUUGAAAGUCUUGCGGCAUCUAGAUUUGAGUCGUUGCGUUGCAUUGGAGAUGUUGCCAAAUUCUUGUAAGCAGCUCACACUUUUGGAACAUCUUAAUUUAGAAUUCUGUGAAGAGCUCACCUUAGAGUCAGACAUCUUGGAAAACAUGACAAAGCUCGAGUAUUUGAAUCUUAAUUAUUGCAUGCAAUUGGAGGAGUUGCCUUUUCACAUCACAAAUCAGACUUCCUUGAGGGAACUCUAUUUAAACAAUACCAGUUUAAGGAGGCUCCCAAUUGACAUUGGUCAACUCGACAAGUUGAGAGUGAUGGAGAUAGGCCCAUAUGAAGGAUGGUUCGAGAUGCAAUAUUUACCAGACUCAAUGGGGAAUCUUACUCUGUUAGAAAGAUUGGCAUUAAAAAAUUUAGAAGUGCAAUCUUUUCAAAAGUCAUUGAAGAAACUGAUUAAUCUUCAGAGUCUAGAAAUACAGAAGUGCCCAAUCAGUGAAUUUACUCCUUUGUGGAUAAAUCUCAAGAAAAUACAUCUGGAUAGCAUAAGAGUGUCAAAGAUUUCAAUUUCUGACAGCUGUUGUCCUAGUCUUGAAAGGCUAGGGCUUUAUAAUAUUGACCAGUUAAUGGAGGUCGACAGUCUACCAAAAACAAUGGAGGAUAUCUCAAUCAUGUUUUGUAGAUUGCUAAAAAACAUAAGUGGUAUUGGUGGCCUAGUAAACCUUCGAAGGUUGUACAUAACCGGGUGUCCAGAGUUGGAGACGCUUCCAAGUUUUGAUAAAUUAGCUUCGCUGAAAGUAUUUAGGCUAGAAAAUGUCAACAAAAUUGUGAUGAUACAAGGUUUUCAAAACUGCACAUCACUGGAGAUGCUUCGUUUAGAAUGUAAAUGUUGGGAGGUGUCGAGCAUCGAAAGUUGGGAGCACGUGCAAAGAUUGAGAUGGCUGCGCCUCCUAGCAAAGAAGAGAUCAGCUGUAGAGCGUUGCAUUCAAACGAUUCAGAAAUGGCCUGAAGAAAUAAUAAUAUGUACAAGGGCAGUCACUGGUGCGGGCUCACUUCUAAACUCUUCAGCCUUUCCCAAUAUCUGUGUUGUUGACUCCAUCUCUAACAAGGAACUCGGUGUUGACCUCUGCAACAGUUCCUCAGAUGGCAAUGCCGUAAUGCUAUGUUUGGUUAUAAAUUGUUUCUCUCCAAGUAUGAGGUUGGGUAUUAGUGGGAAAGAAUCUUCAAUAAUAUUUAUGGCGGAUGUGGAAGAGGGCAAAUGGACAUUGAUAGGUCUCUUCACCAAACAUUCUAAGUGCCUCGCUGAGCUGAAGUUCCGCAUAUAUAAGCUAGAGGGACCGGGCAAUGAAGUGGAGAAAGGAAUGGUUGUGAGGGGCGAAGAAGAGAGCAUGGUGGAUGCUUUCCAUCGCUUAUUGACGCUUCUAGCAAGUUGA